AGACGAUAAUUUAAUAAAUUCUUUUUUAGAUAACUUUUAAAGUUGAAGCAGACGAUUUUUUUAGAAUUUUUUCAAAUGCUGUUAAAAGAGAUGCACGCUGAUGUUGCGAAGUACAUUUUGUCAGCGAUGGUUUUAGAAUAUCAGAAAUCAUCUGAAAUUGUUACGUAAAAAAUUUACCUGCAUUUCUUUUUAAAUAGAAAUGAUAGUCAGUGUUUGAUCAGUAAUUUUCCUGAAAAUUGAAUUCUUUUAAUAACUUCAGAACUUCGUUCAUCAUGUAAUAAAAUCAUCAACUUUUAGAUAAUCAUGUAUGGUUUGAUUUUGGAGAACUUGAGCCAGUACAUAAUUUCUGUGUAUGGCGAAGAUAAGUGGAUUGAAAUCCGAAGACUGGCCAAAGUUGACCAUGCAACUUUUAGCACACAUCAUGUUUAUCCAGAUAGCUUAAUACCAAGGUUAACUUCUAAAGCCUGUAAGGUGCUUGGUGUAUCGGAGAGGGAAUUUCUCGAUCAGAUGGGGGUGUACUUCGUAUCUUUUGUUGGUCAUUAUGGUUAUGAUAGAGUUCUCGGGGUUCUGGGCCGUCACAUGCGAGACUUCCUCAAUGGACUGGACAAUUUGCACGAGUACCUCAAGUUCAGCUACCCCAGAAUGAAAGCACCUUCCUUCUUCUGCGAGAAUGAGACGCCGUCGGGACUGACGCUGCACUACAGGAGCACCAGAAGAGGGUUCCUCUGGUACACCAUCGGACAAAUUAGGGAAGUCGGCAGGCAUUUCUACCAGACCGAUGUUGUCAUCGAGGUGUUGAAAGAAGAAACCAUCUUCGACACCCUCCACGUCAUGAUGCAGCUCUCGUUCGACAACCGAGCUUUCCAGCUGGACAGAAAACAAAACGUGCAGAGAAUCGAUAAAAACAUGAUGCCGGUGCAAGCAUUUCUGUUUCUGGAGAUCUUCCCUUUUUGCAUCGUCUUUGAUGAGUAUCUGGUUAUACGAACGAUUGGCAACAGCCUGCAAGCUGUGAUGCCGAACAUUGUUGGCAAGAAAUUGACAUUGGUUUUCGAACUGACGAAACCUCUCAUCGAGUGCACUUGGAGAGCGAUUCAUAGUCAUACGAAUAACAUCUUCGAAUUAUGUUCCGUGGAUCCCCUGAAGCCGAAAGAAGAACGUCUUCUAGAAACAGGUUCCACAAAAAGCUAUGAUUCGGAAUUCAACGACGAUGAUACAAAACUUGAAGACAAACUGCUUCAUCUAAAAGGGCAAAUGAUGUAUAUGGAAGAAUGGAGAAGCAUGGUUUACUUGGGAACUCCUGUGAUGCGAGAUCUGGAUGCUAUGGUUCAUACAGGAUUGUAUAUAAAUGAUUUGAGCAUGCAUGAUUUCAGUCGAGACAUGGUACUUGCAGGACAGCAACAAUCUGCGGAAUUAAAGCUUGCACUAGAUCAGGAGCUCCAAAAGAGCAAGCAACUGGAGGAAUCCAUGAGAAAACUGGACAUCGAAAUGCGCCGGACGGACGAGUUGCUUUACCAAAUGAUUCCGAAGCAAGUAGCUGACAGAUUGAGAAAAGGCGAAGCGGCGGUAGAAACAUGUCAGUAUUUCGAGAGCGUCACUAUACUGUUCAGCGAUGUCGUCACUUUCACGGAAAUCUGCAGCCGCAUCACGCCUAUGCAAGUAGUGUCUAUGCUCAAUUCCAUGUACAGUAUUUUUGACCAGCUGACCGAAAAGCACGAUGUGUACAAAGUGGAAACGAUUGGGGAUGCCUAUAUGGUGGUCUCAGGCGCUCCCGAAAAUGAAGAACGACAUCCUGAAAAGAUUUGUCAAAUGGCACUCGAUAUGGUGGUUGUGAUUGGUGAUCUAAAGGAUCCAUCGACCGGGGAUAGCCUGAAGAUACGUGUUGGUGUGCACACAGGGCCAGUCGUGGCAGGUGUGGUGGGUUUGAAAAUGCCUAGAUACUGCUUGUUCGGAGACACUGUCAAUACGGCAUCGAGAAUGGAAAGUACAAGCGAGGCUUUAAAGAUCCACAUCAGUGAGAAGACCAGAGAUAGGCUAGAUCUCACAGAAUGGGACAUAUCAGAUCGAGGCACCAUCACAGUCAAAGGAAAAGGAGAAAUGAAAACAUAUUGGCUGCAUGGACGCUUAAAACCACCUGUGGUUUUCCACCGACGAGAGACACCAAAAUUAAUAGAGCCCAACAAGCCAGACUUCGGCAAAGAACCCCUGAAUGUGGAAUUUCUUUUGGACUCUCAUGACACUCGAUCCUUGUACUCCCCUGUCACCUUCGAAGACGUCUCCAGAUAUUCGCCAGUAAUGUCGCCAACCAGCUCUAUUUCGAAUGAUCUCUUGCCAUUGGCGGAUUUUGAAAAGGAUACUCUGAGGUUGCCAGAGCCUUCUGUGUCGCCACAAAUCUCUAGCCACCGAGAAGUUUUCACGCCUAGCAUCCGAAGUGAGGAGGAUCUGUCCAUGGCUAUGAAAACAAAUCCAGAUUUGUCAACUGUUGGUAUUCAAACAAGUCCUCCUUCUCAUUGUCCUGCUGUGUUAAUGUCUACCUAUCAUAAUCCACGCAACUGUCUACGCGAACAGCCUCUAGUGUCUAGUCAACACGAACCAAAUGGUUAUUUUUGUUUUCGUCGCGAGCGUCACAGUUGCCGUCAUUGCCACGUCACAGAAAACCCUUCCCCGUGCUCUUGCUCUCUCGUUCCCUGCCACCUGCAACGCCGCACUAACCUGCGCGACAGCAUCAUCUCACGUCCAGCAAAGAAAAACAGUGUCAAGGUCAUCCACGUCGCACCCAGGGUCAGAGAUACCAGUGAAUCUUCCCGCGACAACGAACAUGCGCGCCCACUGAUAAAGAGCAACAGCUGUGUUUUUCUCUGACCCCAAAUAAUUGUGAAUGGAUAACCUGUGAUAAUUUAUUCUGUAGAUUUUAAUUCUAAAAUAUCCUUUGCCUACGAAUGCAGAUAUUUUUUCUGAGCAAAUGUAAAUUUUCUGAUAAUGUCGCAAAGUACUUUCCUAGUCCAGCUGAUCUGGAAUAAUGUAUCAAUUUCAAGUCAACGUGAAAGAAAUGUGUAUUAAAAGAGGCAAUUUUUUUCAUCAUCAAAUUGCUUAACCUUACGCCCUAAUAUAACUAAUAGAUGAAUUUCAGUUCAUCUAUUAGAUUAAUACAUAAGUUUCAACAGUUCUCAGUAUCUGUGUCUAUACUAAUUUACGCAGGAAAAUUAUAAUUUAGCUAUGAAAUGGCAAAUAUUAAAUUAUAUAUAUAAUCAUUCUUUUUCCCAUGUUCUGAAAGGCAUACCAUCUAUAAUGGUAGUGCAUCUGACAAGGGGAGGGCACGAGGUUGAAAUCCGAGAUCGGCAUGAGAUUUAGUAUAAUGAUAGUGAGUAUAAUGAGAUUUAGUAUAAUGUCCAUUCAUGAAAAUAUUAAAACGAAAUAAUAAUAUAUUAAGAUUAUGAAAUAUUAAAAUUAUUAAAUAUUUUUGGAUAAAAAAAUUAAAAACAUAUUAGUUAAAAGCAUUUGUAAAUUUUUAAUUGAAUAAGAACUAUUUAAAAAGAAAAAAUAAAUAAAUAAAUUCUCAGCCAGGUUCGAAUCCUGACCUUCCGCAUAUGAGAUGGUUACCUAGACAACCAUGCCACAGGGAUCACCCGACGGGAGUCAAGUUAUCAGUAUAUAAGUUUUACCAAAAGUUUGAGAACCAUUUUCUCGAAAUUGACUGGCCAUUGCGUUUUAAUAUUUUCAUUAAUGAACAUUCUAAAUGUAUACUAAAUCUUAAUCGAUCUCAGAUUUCAACUUCAUGCCCUCCCCUUGUGAGCAAAAGUUUAGUUUAGAUACUUUAAUUCUAAUCAUCACAUCAUUGCAAACCUUCUAUUUUUCGUCUUAAAAAUUUAGCUUAAUAGAAAAUGAAUAUAAUUAAAAUUUUUAUAACAUCUAAAUAUUUAUCCCAGUAAUUAAUAUUGUAUCCUAAACAACCUACAAUUCUUUUUAAUGCUCCACUCUGAAUUAUAGCGGAUAUCAUUUUUCUGGAGUAUAUUCUUUAACGUAAAAAUCAAUUAGCAGUGCUUGAAUAUAUUAUUUUGCAAAACAAAAUUAAUAAACGUAACAUAAUUAGAAUUUUAAGCAAAUGUUUAUUGGCAUUUAUAGAUUCAUGAUAUUAAUAGCCUUGUUUGCUGUAUUGCGAAUAUCAACUUUAAUAAUAUUACUGUAAUCGAA